AUGUCAGAUCCCAGCGGAUUCCCUACAACCCUGUCCGGCCGUCCUGAGAAGGAGUUCUCUUCGAUGACUGGUAGAGAGCAUGCAGAAAAGUUCGGAGAUGAUCGUGUUACUCUUUUGGAAGUUGUGAAAGUGACCAAACCGAUGAAAAAGUUUACCGAAGACGAUUGGUACUUUCUACGUGAAAAUGCGAUCAGCAUAUCUGAACCACCUACUGAGAGACGGCGCAGAGAACAGCAAUCUGCUCGUGAUCAGAGAGCUCAACGCCGAACUGAGGGCAAGCCAGCCGAGCAGAAUGAAGGAGUGCGUCGCUCAGGUAGACAUCAGGGCGGCAAAGUUGCUUAUGCAGAAUCUGACCCCAAGGACCAAUCUUCUGACAACCCUUCUUCUGAGGACUCCGAAGAUGAGUUCGUGGCAAGUCCUGAAUCCGAAGAGGUCGCGCCUUCAUCCCGUGGAGUCAAGCGCAAGCGAGCCGUCACUUUCAAAGCCACAGAUGAAAAGGUUACCGAGCUGCCCGUCCGAAGCAGACAAGAAGUUUCCGCAGACAGUCAUGAUAUGGCUGAAGCAUCAGCGAGUCGCAGCCGUUCUGUAACGCCAGUACCGCCUGUCAAGAAACGCCGUACACGCCGCACUAUAUUGUCAGAUAGCGAUGAUGAAAUGGCUGAACCUUCUGAGAGCCGUUCUCGGUCUGUUACUCCAGCGCCACCUAUCAAGAAGCAUAGCAAGCGUCGUACGACACUGUCAGAUAGCGAUGAUGAGAUGGCUGAGCCGUCUGUGAGUCGCUCUCGCUCUGUUACUCCAUUGCCUGCGGUGAAGACGCGCAAAGUUGAAGGCAAGCGCAAAGUCACUCUAAACGACAGCGAUGAUGAGAUGGAGUAA